AUGCCACUCCUUCUGCCUCGCGAUGGCGACCCCAACUUUCACUCUUUCUCUACCGUCUACGAACACGGCCAGGUAAAAUCAGGCUGGGCCUUUUGCAUGUCAAAAGCCUACUGCAAAUGGCCUGCCAUCGCCGGCAUAGUCAUCGGUAUCAUUGUCUUUGCCCUCGCUGCCUACUGCUGCUUCCGCUGCUGCUGUCGCGGCGGCCGCCGCUCACGUCGCAACCGUGCUGGCACAGCUUCCAUGUUCAACCCAGCUCCUUACAUGGGCUACCAGCCCGCCAACAAUCCCAACAACGCCCCGCCACCUUAUGGUGAACCUCCGCGCUUUGCGCAGUUCGAUGUCGGAGGUCGUGGCAAAGCAGUGAACGAAGACAGUCUACCUGCAAUGCCGAGUUGGGAAAAUGCACAGAAGAAGCAUGUCGAAGAAGAUGAUGUGGAGAUGUCACGUCUGGAAAUACCACAAGAAAAGAACCCCAUGCUAGCGCCUGGAGCCAAUGCUUCAGCCGCGGACUUGUCAAAUCCAAGAUUUGGCUACUCCGAGGCAGAUUCACCUCUUGUUGACCCUUACGGAGCGCAUCACGCACAAGGACAACCACCCGCAGGCUACACAGGCCCAGACUUUGGACAUGGAGCCGGUCAUUAUACUGGUCCCGAUUUUACUUCGGGGAUCGGUCAGGGGCAGCAGACUUCUUAUUCCGCCUAUACCCCAAGCGAGAGCACAAGAUAUGAACCGAAUGGGAUGAAUGAACCUCUGGAGCUGGGUACAACCUACAGUAACACGCUGCCACCGCCGAGCUCGACUGCGCAGCACACGGGAUUUCCACCACAACAUGCACCUAGUGUCCUGCAGGCAGGACGGAGGCCAGGAGCGAGUUCGAAUGAUUCAUGGAGGGACGUUUGA